AUGUCGGCAGAUCUCUUUGCCGAGUUCAGCAACCCUUCAACUUCGACGCCGCCUACCUCGCAAUCGAACAGUCUUUUUGGACAACCACCACAGCAGCAACAGCAGAUACAGAACCAAGUCCACAUACAAGACCCCUUCCAUGUCUCCAGCAGAAACAAUGCAGUGCCGGUGCAUUCAUCGCCAUCACAAUUGACGUCGUUUCAAAGUGCUAUGCCAAACAGCACGGGUACUUGGGACCAACCCUCACACGUUUCUCAAUCAUCAACCGUGGUUCCGCAACAGGCAGAUGAUGACGAUGGAUGGGGGGACUUUGAAGUAGCACAGUCAACAGAAGCAUCCGCAACGCCUCAAGUAAACACACAACCUCUGGUUUCCAGCAGCAACUGUUGGGUUUCCUAUUCUGCCUUUAAGUCUAGGCCACAUGACAUAAGCCGCAAUGCUGCUGCAGCAAUACAAGCUCCGGCUAAUGGCUUAAUCGGCGGCGGCUUUGAAGAUUUUGGUUCACUUGGCGGUCGAGUAGAUCAGUAUCCACAGUCUUCCUGGCCUGUUGCAGAACCAAAGACUAGGGUACAGAUGAAGACGACACAUUGCGAUCCAAAUGUGUUGUUUGAUGCGGACGAUUUUGAACUGCAAGGCGGCGGAGAAGAAUAUGAUGAUUUCGACGAGUUUGGUAAAUUUGAGGCCGUCGAGUCAACACCCCGUUCAAAGCCCGCACCAGCUACCACUGCGCAACUUACACCAUCUCUUGAUCUCCUGGGGCUUGAUGAUUCUCCAAUAUCCCAAUCGCAAAAUGCAACAAAACCGCGAGUGGCGAAAGAAGGGCCAGGCCCAGCUGCUGCUGCGUUAAGUUUUGGAGCCAUGUCUUUAAGUAAACCUCAACCCCUACAAUCACCAGCGAACCAAGACCAGCCUCGCUUUGUUGAACGUAAUGUCAAGAAGACAACCCAAACAUCAGCACACAAAGCGGAUCCUGGUUCCAUUUCAAUGCCAUCUACGAAAAUGGAGCCGGUGUCGAAGACGGUGUCUCUAGCAAAAGCGACGGCAAACGAUGACGAAUGGGGAGCCUGGGAUGAUUUCUCCGGAAACAAUGGAGACAAUGAUGCUAGUCAGGAAUGUGCAGAGACGCACGAGUGGCUGUGGGAUGCCGGUGACGGUUGCAAAGCAACAAAGGCCAUGAAAGAUGACAGCAGUCCGCCACCAACGAAUGUUCCUCCUCCCUCGAUCCUGCUUUCGGCAUUCCCAGAGCUCUUUAAUACUGGAAAUACUUUGUUCAAGUCUGUUGCGGGGCAAAGUCCAUCUGUCAAACAACAAGUUCUCUCGAAUCCCAAGACUAUCCAAUUUCUUCAGGGAUAUGUUCUAUUAGCGUCGACGGCUGCGCGAGUGAUUGCAGGACGGAAGCACCGAUGGCACCGAGACAAAAUGCUGGCCAAGAGUAUGUCAAUUUCAGCAGCUGGAAGCAAGGGCAUGAAGUUGGCAGGUGUGGAUAAACGACAAUCUGCACGGGAGGACCGUGAAGCUGCUGACGUGGUUGCGGCAUGGCGGGAGCAUAUAGGGAGACUACGGUCUGCCGUGGCAACGGCUAACUCUGCUGCCAAGGCCAAUAUUAAAGUGCCAGAGCUUACAGAAACCCCACAAAUUCAGACGGCAAAGAUGGUCCCGACCGCGCCUAAGCCGUGUAUUAUCUGUGGACUCAAGAGAGAAGAGAGAGUUGCAAAGGUUGACGUGGACGUUGAAGACAGCUUCGGGGAAUGGUGGGUAGAUCAUUGGGGCCACAGGGCCUGCAAGAAUUUUUGGAUAGAGCAUGAGCAGAUAUUGCGGCAGCGAUGA